AGUUCCCAUCCGCCGCCCGCGCACUUGUUCCUUCCGGCACAGCACACAGGACACCGUAGACAGAUUCAUCGCGACGAUGGGGCUGGACGUCGUGGAGAUCGGGAUGGGCGCCGAUUUGAGCCUGGAUCUGAGGCACUUCGCCUCCAAGGCCGUGCGGCAGAGCAAGGACUACGCGCCGGCGCCGGCGCCGGACAUGGACGCCUGCAUCCGCCGCCUCGAGGAGGAGCGGGGCAAGAUCGAGAUGUUCAAGCGGGAGCUGCCGCUCUGCGCGCGCCUCCUCGCAGACGUGAUCGAUGUGAUGAAGGAGGAAGCGGGGAAGGCGGUGGCGGAGGAGGACGGCGCCGCCGGGGACAAGAGCAAGUGGAUGAGCACGGCGCAGCUCUGGACGGGCGAUUGCGGCCGCGAGGACGCGGAACCAGAGAAGCAAGACAAGGAGAGGAGCUCGCCUGAGGCCAGGUCUCGCGCCGCCGGCGGCGCUUUCUUGCCGCUCAAGGCUGCCGUGGGCUCCGGCGCGCCGGCGUUCGCGCCGCUCGGCUUGAGAAUGGACGACAAGGCCGCCGCGCGCGCCGGGAUGCCCGACCUGUGCUUGCUGUCGCCGCCGGCGACCAAGAGCGCCGCCGAGGAGAGCCGACGCCAGGUGGUGGGGUUUGCGCAGGCGGCGACGAGGGCGGCCGCCGCCACGGCGCCAGCUGCCCCUUCGCUUAGCGUUGGCGUCCAGUCCCCGUCGCAGCAGGCGAGGAAGGCUCGGCGUUGCUGGUCCACGGAGCUGCAUCGCCAGUUCGUCGCCGCCUUGAACCAGCUCGGUGGCCCCCAAGUUGCCACCCCAAAGCAGAUCAGGGAGCUGAUGAAGGUGGACGGCCUCACAAACGACGAAGUGAAAAGCCACCUUCAGAAAUACCGGCUGCACAACCGGAGGGCGCCAGGGUCCGGCGUGGUGAGCCAGCCCAUCGUGCUGGUGGGAGGGCUGUGGAUUCCGCAGGAGCAAAGCAGCUCGCAGUCCGGGUCUCCCCACGGCCCGCUCCACUUCUCCACCUCAGGCAUCGCAGUCUCGUCGGCGGCCACCGUCAGCUGCGAGGAGGAAGACGGACGGUCCGAGAGCUAUGGCUGGAAAUGAUGGAGAGGCUGCUGCUGCUGCUGCUGCUGAGAGGGGAGCUGCAGCCUCAGGAACGGGAAUCAUCAGGAGGGAAACUGAGAGUAGUGUAGCUGUCUGUACACAUACAUAGUUACAUUACAUUACAUACAGGGAGUGAGGGAGAUCGGGCCUUGAGCGCUCGAGACCAAACUGAUGCUUCGGGUUUGUACAUCCCAAAGAGAUGAGAUGAUACAGUUUUGCGGCUAAUCCA